AUCCAAGCAAACCGUUAUUCAGAAUCGAGCGCUCGUGUUGAUCGGGCACGUUAUUCCGCAGCGCGAAGGGUUUUUUCCGAGCGGGCGGUGAUUCUCGGUACGUCGUCGCCGUGUUUCUGAGUCAGGCAGCCAGCGCCAGCCAACCGGGCAGCAAGCUUGCAAUAAUAAAUCCGAGAAACCAGCAGCAGCAGCCGCAGCAGCUAGAACCGAAGAAGUUUUUGCUGGCGCCCCUGUGUGCGAGCGAGCGAGCGUGCGUGCCUGUGGUUGUGUUGAGUGUUCUGCAGCUUGAUCUCGCGGACCAGCAGCAGCAGAAGCAGCAGCCAUCCAGUCAGCCAGUCAGCCAGCUGGCCACUGGCCCGUGCCCGUGCCCGUGCCUGUGUGUGCGUGUGCGCCAAUAGUUUACUCUAGGGCCCCGUGUGUGCACCUCGCUCCAGCGUGCGUGCGUGCGCCCGGUCAAGAGAGAGAGAGCCACCAAAAAGCCACCGCGAGAAGCGCGCGCAGCCCCUUCUCCUCCAAGCCUUUUCCAAGCCAAUUGUUACUGCGCCACUGCGCCGUGUUUGUUAUCAUCGGCUGGUUGUGUCGUGUUAUCGGGGCGCCCUACACAACGCACGCCCCUGAGACACACCUGUGUGGGAGGGUGGGGGUGGUGGUUGCGGCGGCGGCGUGUGCGUGUGCGUGUUUGUUUGAGUGUGUGCAGCGAGGAGAACCAGCGUCGUCUAUUGUUGUCGAGUGGUGUCGUGUGCGCGCGCGGCUCUCCCUGUGUGUGUGUGUGUGCGUGUGUACGUGUCACUGUGUGCUGGUUGUGUCUCUGUGUAAGUGUGUGUGUGUGUGUUAGUGCUCCCGUUCUGUUGAUUGUGUGCGCGUGUCCAGGACCUAGGACACCCGGGAAGAAGACACAACAUAGGAGCAGCAGCAGCAUCCACCACCAUUAACAACAACCACAACAACAGUAACAACAACAACAUUCAACUCGUCUUUUAUCGCCGGUGCCGUGCCGAGGCCGUGCGCCUGCCUGUCUGGACACCCCCGGCAGCAGCAGCAGCAUCGGCGGGUUCCAAUCAAUCAAUUUGCGGCCAAUUGCGGCCACACCGAGGUUGCACCGUUUGCACCGAGCGCGCUCCAAUCAACAGCAAUCAAAGCGCGCCCGCGCAUCCGCAUCUCUCUGUUCCCGUGGUGAAUCGUGUGAUCGUGAGCAGCGGAAGCAGAAGAAGAACGCAGCGGCGCCCCAACGGCACGGUAAUAUGCAGCACGCCGCGGACAAACCAUCGCUGCGCGAUGGCUUCUCGCACGUCGGCGAGGGCUGGCUGGACGUGAGCGAAGCUCAGCUCCAGCAGCUCAAGGUACCGAGCGACAUCGCCGACUCGUACGACAUCGAGGAAUCGUGGUUCGCCAAGGGCAAGUAUGGGAUCCUGCGACGGGCGGUCUGCAAGAAGUCGGGCGUAAAGUACGCAGCCAAGUUCCUGCGGCGGCGCCGGCGCGGUCAGUGUUGCCAGAAGGAGAUCAACCACGAGAUUGCGGUGCUGAUGCUGUGCUCGAACUCACAGCACAUCGUGCGCCUGCACGCCGUCCACGAUACGCGCCUCGAGACGGCCCUCAUCCUCGAGCUCGCCAACGGAGGCGAGCUGCAGACGUUGAUCGACGAGAAGGGUAUGCUGUCGGAGGCGAAAACCCGGAUCUGCAUGCGUGACAUCCUGCGGGCGGUGCAGCAUAUGCACCGGCAAUCGGUUGCCCACCUCGACCUGAAGCCCCAAAACAUUCUGCUCACUGGUGACAACGUCGAAGAUGGGCUAAAGCUGUGCGAUUUUGGCAUCGCACGCCUGAUGGACGACACGCACACGAUCCACGACAUCAUCGGCACGCCAGACUACGUGGCACCGGAGGUGCUGCACUACGAGCCGCUGACGCUGCAGACGGAUAUCUGGUCGAUCGGCGUGCUGGCGUACGUCCUGCUGACCGGCUACACCCCGUUCGGGGGCGAAACAAAGCAGGAAACCUUCCUGAACAUCACCAAGUGUUCGCUCACCUUCCCCGAGGACAUGUUCGAGGGCGUCUCGAGCGAGGCGAUUGACUUUAUCAGGCGUGCGCUACGUAUCAGGCCAAGAGAGCGCAUGACAGUGGAUGAGUGUCUCGCACAUCCGUGGAUGGUGGAGAGUCCCGCGCCGAUCACGCAGCAGCCGGAAGCUGUGACACCCGAGGACGUUCCGCUCACCUCCGAGGCUACUACUACGGGGUCGGCGACCAUUGAAGCCGACGAUAAGCAGCAGCAGCAGCAGCAGCAGGACGAGAAGCAUCUAAGUUCCCACGACGAGAUGAAUGGAUGCAGUACCGACGACAGGCACACCGAAGAACUGUUGCUUGUCGUAGCACGACAGGAAGCCAAUGAGGACAACAAGGAGAACUUGGCGCACAACGUUUCUAACAGUACCACGUGUGUUGGAGCGGCCGCUGGCCAAGCCGGCGUCAUAGCGAGCCAAUCGAUCAAUGGCAAUGGCGCGAACCCGGCCAUCGUGUCGCGAGCUUUGUUCCCGGACGCACCCACAACGCCGAAGGUGAGCCGCAAGGCAUCACCGACUGACGAGCAGCAGCAGCAGCAGCAGCAGCAGCACACGUAUCACAACGGGCACGCGACGCAUCAUCAAAGCAUUAACAGGUCAAGCUUCGCUUACACGAACGGUAGUUGCAACAACUGCUCUAUCGCUUUAGGAGUAGCAAAAGGAGGAGGAGGAGGAGAUAGCGGAGGAUGCGAAAUUGUACCGGUGAUGGGCAGGACGUCCGGAGGUUUGGCGGGAACACUAUCAGCGCCGCUCAACGUUCGCCCAUCGCACCCUGCCACUGCCUCCACCACCGUCACUACUACCACUACUGCCAGUGUGAAAGUUUUUGUGCAAAAGUUUCAAUCGCUCCAGCAGCAGCAUCCCGCCGACGAAGUGAUGGUAGCAGGACAGGGAGGGGAUUGUCCUUCCGCUGGCAGUGCUGCCACUGUGCCAAGUGCCGUGUGUAUCGCUACGACGAAUGCUGCUACCACGGCCACCGUGCUCGUCGCCGCACCCUCCGCAGCAGCAUCGCUCUCGACAGCGACUGACGUCGACGUCGAGGAUCAGCUGGUCGACGGUAAUGGUGGUGCUGAUGAUGGUAGUAAAGGGUGCUGCGGCACUGAUGGGGCGUUGUGCGGGCACGAUUGUUCCGAUAGCAGUGCCCAUCACCCACAUCAACAGCACAACCAUCAUCUGCACCAUCCACACCACAACCACCAUCAUCCCCACCAUCACCAUCGUCACCGUCACCAUCACCACCAUCAGCCGCUGCAGUCGCGCGAUCCUGAUACGAUCAUCUGCUGAGAAGGGAAUGAAUGUAUGGAUGGAUGGUUGGAAGGGUUUCUUCUUCUUCUUCUCGACUCCAUCGCCUGUGUUGCCAUUAACGUUGCCAACCAGCGACAUUGUAAGCACACGGCAUGACCGCCCGUGGCUAAAGUGUGAGGUUUAUUGAAGGAGUACUUAAAAUGCUGCCGCUGUAGUAGAGAUUAGCAAUGGCACAAGAGAUCGAUCAUAGUAGUUGAACAAGCAAAACAAAAAACAAAAGCAGCAGCAGCACCCACGGAGGUGCUCAAGAGAUGAUGUUGUGGUAAGCUGCCUGAACAUUAAAGAAGCUGAACUGCAAAUGAAAUUGCAGUCACGUGUAUCUUCUGGGCGUGCGCGCGUGCGCCUCAGGCGUUACACAUUAAUAGAGCCCCAAUCACAAACUGAUUUGCCAGGUUCAUUUCAACUUACAACCUACUAUCAUUAUUCUUACUAUGAUUAUAAUUAUUAUUAUUCUUCAUAUUCUUAUUAUUACUGUAGUUAUGAGCAUGGCAUUCUUUAUUUCAUUUCCUCGUUUUUUUUCUCUUAAACAAUUCCCGUUUGAAAAGAAUAGUUGAGGAACAAACACUGUGUGUGUGUGUGUGCGAAUGGUCGCGCUGAAACGCCAAUCAUAGUUAACGUGUAGGGCCAAUGCACCGUGCACCUGGUCCAGUAGGCGGUAAUUGUUAAGUACGCUCCCUCCCUACGACGAAUUGAUGCGAUGUAUCGCGGUAGAAAUUAGAGAGCACAGACGCCAAAUCGUUCGGGACGAUACAUUGAAUUGAAGCUCACGCAAGACCAGCGAUGGUCAGAUCCCGGUGUCAUGGAGACAUCUAGAACGAAGUAGUAGGAACGAAAGGGCAAUCGCGCGCCAAUACGAUGCAACCAAUAUUGCAGACGGCCGAUUUCUCAUAGUAGCGGAGCUGCUGUUCCGGUGGUUAGAAGUAAAUACAAGGAACAUACAAAAGACAAAACCAACAUCCACAUACGGAACACUUAGUGCCUGCAAAACGGGGAGUGGGGGCAUGGAAUGUCAACGGGUGGUCUGAGCUGUGCGAAGUCCUCCCUGCAUCAGCCUCUGGAGCUGUGAGCUCUAGUAUGUUACAAAAAUAGAGAGAGAGAGAGAGCGAAAGAGAUAACAAGAGUGAAACGAAAGAGAGUGAGUGAGAGAGAGAGAGGGAGAGAGAGAGAGAGAGAGAGAGGGAGGGAGAGAGAGAGACACGAAGAAGAAUGCAGCGUCCGAUCGAGCAGCGCUCAGCAUACAUGCCAAAUCAUACAUCAUGUCUCUCUCUCUCUCUCUUUCUCUCUCUCUUUCUCUCUCUCUGUGUUUUUUUCUCUCGCUCUCUUCUCGAGGAGCGGGAGGAUGUGGGAGUUAGGAAGAACAGAUUUGUGGUGCGGUACCGGUGCCGUUAGAAGGUCCAGGGCCUUAGCGCUACAUCGGGAGGGAGUAACGGAUCCCAUCCGGUCUCGCGCUCCUCCCGCCUCCCCGGAGGAAAAGCGUCUGUACAUAAAUGUUCAAAGACAACACCUUACCUUUCCUUCCUUCCUUCCUUUCUUCCUUCCUUCUUUUCUCCAUUCCUACCCAAUACACUAACUAGCUAGUUAAGCUGUUUCAGAUUUAACAUACAUUAGGCCUUAUUUAAUGCUGUUACGCGAGUUGUUAGCGAGAGAACGAAAGUGAGCAAUAAAGAUAGGAUGCGAGUAGGCGGUAUAAAAGCAGCCCAGGCCACGACGAGACGCGAGUCGCCGCCAGCCUAGGGGCUAUGCUGUAGUAUCGGAUUCUUGCGCCUUGCAACGAUGAAAAGAAGCCUAAUAAAAUAUGAAUGCCGGGCGGACAGCGGGUGUUAUCGACAUCCCUUCCACUCCCGUAUGCACACGUACUCACCACCGUCUGUGUGUUUUUGUUU